AUGAUUUUUCAAUCAAAUAAAGAAGAUAAUAAUGAGAAAAGCACUUCUUCCGGUGCCGAUCUAGAAUCAGUUAUUUCCAAACAUACAGAAGAUUAUGAUUUAUAUGUUGCAAAAUCCAAUCCUUCGGCAUUGAAUCAACAAGAUGGAAGGAAGUUGAGACAAGCGCUCGAUGCUCGUCAUCUAAGCAUGAUUGCAUUGGGUGGUGCGUUAGGUUAUGUAUUCACUUGAUUCGCUCAAUUCAGUCGAUUCAGUCGAUUCAGUCGAUUCAAUCGAUUUAAAAUUGAAAAAAAAAUUGAAAAAAAAUUGAUAUGGUAGUUGUUUAAUCAAGCAGUUGAUGUUCAUAAAAAGCGCAUUUAAAAUUAUUGCGCGAAAGCCGUACGAUGUGAGUCGCACAAUGUGAGUCGCACAAUUCCACUCAUCAACACUACCCUAUAAAUUUUUUUUGCAACGAAAAUUAGCCGCAUACUAACAUAUUGUUGUAGAACUGGUUUAUUGAUUGGUACAGGUUCAGCCUUGAGAACAGCUGGUGCUGGAAGUAUUUUAAUUACUUAUGCAUUAAUUGGUUUUGUUGUUUAUACAGUUUUAACAGCAAUCGGUGAAGUAGCUACCCAUGUACCAAUGAAUGGUUUCGCCAAUUACUGUAGAAGAUAUGUUGAUCCAGCUUUGGGAUUUGCAGCUGGUUAUAAUUAUUUGAUUAAAUACUUAAUUUUGCCUCCAAAUCAAUUAACUGCAGGUGCUUUAACAAUUCAAUAUUGGAUUCCAAGAGAUCAAGUAAAUCCAGGUGUCUGGAUCACAGUUUUGUUGGUAAUUAUUACAUUUGUUAACUUAUUUGGAGUUAAAUUGUUCGGAGAAGUAGAAUUCUGGCUCUCUGGUGUGAAAGUCGUCACUUGUUUAGGGGUUAUAUUAGUUCUUUGGGUUAUUGCUUUAGGAGGUGGUCCAACAGGCGAUCGUAUAGGCUUUCGUUACUGGAGAAAUCCAGGUGCAUUUAUGGAGUAUGCAGAUUCCUCAAAGGACUUAUUAAUUGAAGGAGCUAAAGGUAGAUUUGUAGCAUUUGUUGCUGUUUUAGUUACCGCUGUUUUUGCUUAUACAGGAAGUGAAUUAGUUGCCAUUACUUUUUGUGAAGCUAGAAGUACGUAUUUUUACAUUGGAACUACAAGAUUUCCAUUUGCCUCGAGACAUGUUCAUCUAGAGUUUCAGUUGAAUUUGUUAAGCUUUUUAGAAGUUUUACAAUGGUUGCAAUACUGUUGAUAAUGAAAUUCGAUUAUAUGCAGGAUACAAGAUAGGUUACAUGAUUAGGACUUUCGGUAGCACAGUACAAUAUUGGUCCAAUUCAUUUAGCCAAAAUAGUACAACAAUUGCAACUUCUGAUUCAUCUAUAGAUACUGAAUCAACUACGGAUAUAGCUCUUGAUGAUGCAAAAAUAACAAUGGGUUUAAUUUUGAAAAUACUAACUAUUCUAUAGAUCCUAGAAGAGCUAUUCCAAAAGCUAUUAAAUUAACACUUUACAGAAUCAUCGUAUUCUACGUCUUAGCUAUUUUGUUUGUUGGUAUGUGUGUGUCACCUAGAGAUCCAUCGUUAUUAGGUGCUUCUGGUACAAAUGCUGGAGCAUCUCCUUUUGUUAUAGCUAUAAAAAAUGCACAAAUUGGUGGAUUAGAUCAUGUUAUCAAUGCAGCUAUCCUUUUGUUUGUGUUGUCCGCAAGUAAUUCAGAUAUGUACGUUUGCAGUAGAACUAUCUAUUCACUUGCUGUUGAUGGUUAUGCUCCUAAAUUUUUCACUAAAACUAAUAAAUUAGGUGUUCCAUAUUACGGAGUUGCAUUAUCCUUUUUAUUCUGUUUGUUAGCUUAUAUGAAUGUUUCAUCAGGUUCAGCUCAAGUAUUUCAAUACUUUGUUAACGUUGUUUCAUUAACUGGUUUAUUAGCUUGGACAUGUGUUUUGAUUUUCCAUUUAAGAUUCAUGAAAGCAUUGAAAGCACAAGGAUUUGACAGAAAGAAAGCAGUCUAUAAAUCUCCUUUACAACCAUAUGCUUCAUGGUUUUCAUUAUCAGUUUGUAUUUUAAUCAUUUUAAUUAAAAACUUUACAGCAUUCUUGGGUGAUGAAUUUUCUUACGAAACAUUUAUAACAGGUUAUAUUGUAUUACCGGUAUUUUUAAUAAUCUACUUUGGUUAUAAAAUCAUUUAUAAAACAAAGAUUAUCAAACCUGAAGAUGUUGAUUUAUAUACAUUUAAAGAUGUAAUUGAUGCUGAAUUCGAAAAAUAUGAAGCUGAAGAUGCUGAGUUAAAAGCAGUUAGAGAAGCUGAAGGUAUCAAAUAUGAUGGAAAAUGGUUUUACGAUAAAUUUUUGGGAUGGAUCUUUUAA